UUAGACAGUCUCUGUGAUCUGUGGAGUUUAUUUCCUAUUUUGUAUUCGGUCUUUUUGUGUACUCGUCUUAAUUGAUAUUUAAUAAUGACAAAAUAAUUUGUUUUAAUUAUUGCAGUUGUAGAAUUUGUCAGUUAUAUUAGUUUAGAACUUUGUAGUAUCUUAAUAUCACAAUGGGGGACGACGUUAUUAAACAUUCUGUGCACACCUUGGUGUUCAGGUCUUUGAAGAGAUCCCACGACAUGUUCCUCGCUAAUCAGAGUCUACUACCACCUAUAGAUGAAAAAGCUGAGAAAAUAUUGAAAUCUGUAAAAGUGAGGGACAGCUAUGGUCAGGUGAUGGCAGCAGUUCAGAAGGCGCAAACAGUUAAACAGCAAGAAGCUUUAGUACGUGCGGACACACCUAUCAGUGACACUGAAAUAGCUGAGUCAGCAGCGCUAGGGUCUGAAGGGGCUAUGCUGCCAUACACUGGCCCAGCAGUGUCGCCUGCGCCAACACCCCCUGCCGGUGCUCUUACCACAGUACCGCGAAAAGCUCCAGCUAUGCCCAAACCCAAGUGGCACCCGCCAUGGAAACUGUUCAGGGUGAUAUCGGGGCAUCUGGGCUGGGUGCGGUGUGUGGCUGUUGAACCUGGGAAUGAAUGGUUUGCCACUGGUGCUGCAGACAGAGUUAUAAAAAUAUGGGACUUGGCGAGCGGCAAGUUGAAAGUGUCGCUUACUGGACAUGUAAGCACUGUGAGAGGUUUGCAAGUAUCGUCCAGACAUCCAUACUUAUUCAGUUGUGGCGAAGAUAGACAAGUGAAAUGUUGGGACUUGGAGUAUAAUAAGGUGAUCCGGCACUACCACGGGCACCUGUCGGCCGUGUACGCGCUGGCGCUGCACCCGACGCUGGACGUGGUGGUGUCGGCGGGCCGCGACGCCACGGCGCGCGUGUGGGACAUGCGCACCAAGGCCAACGUGCACACGCUCGCCGGACACACCGACACCGUCGCCUCGCUCGCCUGCCAGUCCGCCGAGCCGCAGAUUAUAACUGGUUCACACGAUUCCACAAUCCGGCUGUGGGAUCUAGCAGCCGGCAAGUCAAUGUGCACACUAACAAACCACAAGAAAUCAGUCAGAUCCAUCGUAAUACACCCAACACUGUAUUCCUUCGCCUCCGCCUCCCCGGAUAAUAUAAAACAAUGGAAAUGCCCUGAGGGGAAAUUCAUACAGAACUUGUCCGGUCACAAUGCUAUAGUGAACUGUAUGGCUGUCAAUCCAGAGGGCGUACUGGUCAGUGGUGGUGACAACGGCACUAUGUACUGUUGGGAUUGGAGAACAGGAUAUAACUUCCAGAGAUUACAAUCUGCAGUACAACCCGGCUCUAUGGACUCGGAAGCGGGCAUAUUUGCCAUGACAUUCGACCAAUCCGGCUCCCGGCUUAUCACCACAGAGGCUGACAAAACUAUAAAGAUAUACAGAGAGGACGAAUCCGCUUCAGAGGAGACCCACCCGAUCAACUGGCGACCGGAGAUCUUGAAGAGGAGGAAGUUUUAAUAAUAAAUUUUGACACCGUGA